GUAUCUGAAAUUAUUUAUGUCAUAAAAUAAUCUUUCUCAUAUUUAUGCGUACCAUGUAUUUAUAAUUUAUACGAGAAUUAAACAGCAAUAAUCCAAAAGAUUUACUUAUAAUUUUAUAAUAGAAGAAUUUAUGUACAUGUAAGGUUUUUAUUAAAUAUUGUUAAUUUAAAGAUUACUUCGUCAUAAUCGUCGUCAGGUUGAUGUAAAAAAAUCGCAGAAUUUAAUAAAGUACUUUUGUGCACUACUCUUAAUUAAUCAUUUUUUAUUUUCAUUAUUAGAAAGAUUACAUGCAACUAAAUAUCCCAUCUACAUUUUAGAGACACUCAUAUAUGUUAAUUCUACUUUGCUAAUAUUAUAUUUUAUCUAAUGUGUUUCAUGAGAUAUAAUUCUUUCGAAACUAGAUCGUCACGUAAUACAUAUGCAAAUUUGUUCUUUUUAUAAGAUCUCAAACAUGUUAUAAAAAUAAAAUAUAUUCUUAUGGAGGCAAUAAAAAGUUACGCCAUUGUUAAUUCGGCACGUAGUAAGAAAAUGUAAUAGUAAUCAGAAUACAUAGUGUUUAUUUGAGAAAUGCUAAUAUAUAUCAACAAUUUAACAUAACAUGUAUAUACCGUUCUUUCCCAAAAUCAUAACAUCUUUUCUUCCUACAACUUUUUAUUUUUUUCAACAUAUUCAAUAAAUAGAGAUACGCAUGUUAUCCUAAAGAAUCAUAAUGCAGAUCUGCAGAUCACAAUUGCAUGUACAAACCAGUUAUAAAAAUUAUAAUUAUAUUUGCUAUAUGUUUGAUGACUAAUAGUUAAACUUCAUGGUAAAAACUAUAAAGUAUAUUUUGACUCGGAAAUUUAUUAUGUUUUAUUAUUUCAUCAAUAUCUUUUUAUAUUUACAGUAAGUAAAACGAAAUAAAAUUAAAAAUUAAUAUUUUUAACAAAAACAACAAACACUCUAGAGAGUAGACGAAUAUGGCGAAGCAUUAGAACCGAGGAUUAUAGUUCGACAGAGCUGGUCUAUUGCCAAACAAUAACAGCAUCGUAGUAAACCCAGUAUGAGAGACAGAGGUCAGUUAGAACGUAACAGAUCAAUUUCACAUAGUGCUAAGUGCUGCAGUGUGUAGAAGUGUUCGUUAUAAAGCAGGGUAUUAAGUACAAUAAACGGAACAUAAUAAGAUUAUUAAUCUUUUUAGAUGAGCGAAAAGCAACGUCAACAUUUCGAGAUUAUUCUAUUCUAACAGCUUUGCCAGUGAUCUCACAAAGGAAAAUAAAAUCAGUGGUCAUUUUCAUAUUUGUCACAUAUCACUCAUCACUAAUUUUAUCUUGAUAAAGAUCAUAGAUCUUACGAAAUAUUUUGUAAAAUAAACCUUGAAAAUUUAGUUCUACUACUUUAAAAAAUGAGCAAACAAAGUAGUGGAAAGGUACCACUGUACGAGAAAAUACUGAAAAGGAAGGACAGUACGAAAGUAACGGGAAGUACAAGUACAAUUACAAAUGCAAGUACAAGUGCAAGUACAAGUAAGGAAAGUAUAGGAGAAACUCAGGAAAAUAUAUACGCUACCAUAUCAGAAGGGACCAGAUCAGAAGCGAGUACAGAAGUGAUGAAUAUAGAUAGCACCGCUUCAUUUCAUUACGAGACAAAUAAUGAACCACAAUCGGAACAGCAAUCAGUUGCAUCUACGUAUUAUAAAACUUAUUGUCGAACAUGUUAUACUACGGAUGUGUAUGACUAUACCUGGCAGCUGGAACAUUUCCCCAUGGUUUAUAAAAGCAUGCCAGUAAUACAAUCCUCGGCAAUUUCAAAACCACUUUGGUGUAAGAUUGAAAUGCGAUUGUGUCAAGCAGUAGCGGACAAAUCUGAGGAUACUAUAAUAAAAUUUCAUAUUCUUUUAUAUACUGAGGAAGCAUAUCAUGGUGUUUGGGAUAUAUCUGCGAUUUAUUUGGAUGAAAAAAGAUUGUGCGCCUCGACAGGCGGCUAUGUAACAAAUAAUUCAUGUUUAUAUGAAACUACAGCGCAGACAUUGCUUCAGUAUUUAGAAGAAGACAGGCUUACGUUGAACUUUACGAUUACUGUUGCUCGUGAUAUGUUAAAUGAGACCUUGCACUCAAUACCAUUGCGUACUAAUCGCAUCAAUGAGACAGAGGAUUAUAGAAAUUUAAUAAUCAAUAAAGCUAAUCUUUAUUCGUCACAGAUUAUUUUUAAAAAAGAUUAUGGUACAGAUAACUAUAUUUUUAAAAUAUCGAAAGGUUUAUUGCAGUCUACUCGAAGCACUUAUUUUACCAAGUUAUGUAAUAUGCAUAGAAGAGACGAAGACCAAGACUCAACAGUAAUACUUGAUGAUGAGUCAGAUAUUUUUGUGAUAAUGUUAACAUUUAUUAAAACUGGUUCAUUACCGGAAUCAGUUAGUUCUAACUAUGACACUCUCACAAAACUAUUAAGAGCGGCUCACAAAUAUGAUAUAGUAGAACUGAAAUCUUUAUGUGAACAAUACUUAAUAGCUAAUAUUACUGUUAAGAAUGUCAUCAACCUUUUAGAUGUUGCGAUAGAAUUUAAAGCAGAUAAGUUACGAAAACAUAUAAUAUAUUACAUUAAAUUUUAUUUCAAAGAACUUAUAAAACUCGAAGAAUUCCAAAAACUACCGCAAAUAUGUUUGAACGAGAUUACAAAAGUCUUACAAGAAUGUAAAGUGGAAAACGAAUCAGAAAUAGAUGUUUCAACGAAGUUUACUUAAACACAAUAAUUAUUUAACUUAUAAUAUUAUAAUCGCAAGUAUAACUAAAUGACUAAUUAUAAAAUCGGUUCGUUCUUUUUUCAUGAACAUACUUAUUAUAAAUAAUUGUAAAGUUUCGUUUAUAUCAUGCGUGUACUAACAUGUUAUUAUUUUAAAAGUCUAAACUUUAUCAGUUUUACAUGUGAAUAAUGCAAUAAGAUAAUUUUAAAUUUUAAUACGCAAAAAUUUAUGUUUGUAUGUGUGCAUGCACAUUUGGACAACUCAAGGAUAAUUUACAGCUUGCGCGUAUGUACCUAUGAUAAGUAUCAUUACAAUAAUUUAGCUAUAAUUUCUCUCAGUAAGCUUACUUCAGAAACAAGAUCGAAAAAUUUAAUAAAACUUUUUUUAUUGGUGGUUUUCA